AUGCCGCUCCCCCCACUCCACCCCCUCCUUCUUUCAUAUUCACACACACUCACACAAACAUAUACAUUGCCUCCGUACCACCCGCCUCCUUCCACACACCGUGGCAGUGCCCGUCCCCUCGACCCCUUCUCUCGUCUCCCGACCAUUGCCCACUUUCAUCUCCGCCUCUUGGCCCUUUUCAGACGUGGAAACAGAGCCCAUCCUGUGCGAGUAUGUGACAAAAGAUGUGGGCACUUUCCUGGAGGCAAAGGCGCAAAUACCGACGACAUGCUUUCAGGCUUAUCGGCUCAUUCGCUUUCACAUCCUGGUCCUGUUGCAGCACCGGCCGUCGCGAUGUCUGCCUGCCACAACUUCCUUUUCGGCAGCCUCCUCCAUACGCCAUCACCAACACCCCACGAUCCCUUAGCCACCUUCCCUCUCUCACUACUAAUAGCAAUUCUAUUAGAACUCGCAUUUUUCUUCCCUUCCUCCGCUGACUUCGCCUCCAACUGGACAAAUUUCUAA